AUGUCGACCCCGAACCCGCGUGGCCGUCGGUCACUGCGCAAUUCGGGCGUUGGAACUCAUACCCCGUCUGGAGACACAAAACUAACAGGGCUUCAACGGCUUCCGAGCCAUACAAGGUACCCACUCACUCCAAGUCGUCUCGUCACUGCAGCUACUCCAUCCGCCCAACGAUCUGGUUCUCGAUAUACCCCCCGAGCGCGGGCCACAGGAGCUCCAGCGACACCUUAUGGGCUUCGCGCAAGACAACAGCGCGCUACUAAUACUCCUGGUCGUGACCGGCGACGAAGUGGGAAGGUUCAACGAGAGACGACGUUUGACAUCCUAAAAAAUCUGGGUAGAACGCUUGCGCCGAUCUCCCACCCAAUCCAAUCAUCGCCACAAGAAAUACCUGAGCCCAUUGAGGAGCCCAAGGAUGAAAUUGAAGAGCUGGACAAUGAGCCGAGGAUUGAUCCGCCCCGACUUUCUUUGCCUAUACAAGAGAGCGAGGAUGAGAGCGAGGAAGCAGGCUCUGAAACGCCACCACCUCGGAUGUCUUUGGCAUUUGAUGAUGACGAUAUCACAUAUCGGUCAGUCGAAUAUCCUCGAGAUCUUGCCAUUCGGGAUCGACUUUCCAUUAUGCCUGGACGACCUAGUGAAAAUUUUGGCGGUAUUCAAUUGGAGAGUGACUCUGAUGAUGGAGACGAGACGGGUAUCGUGGGUGACUACGACGUCCAAGACGAUAGGAUGGUUAGUGGAGGCGAUUUUGACAGAGGUGGAGAGACAGAGGAUCUCGGCCGAUUUCAUUUUGAUCUCGACUUCCCAUCACCGCCCCCGGCUCCAAUUGAUGAUCCAGAGGACGAUAAUCUAGGCGACAUGGAAGGAUUUGAGUUGUCUGCACCGGAUUUCCAACCCACCGCCCGCUCAGUUUCUUCCGAUGAUGAUGCUGGGGGUGAUUUUAUGGGCUUUGACGGCUUCGAUGUUGUACACCCUGCUUCCAGAAGCCAGAGCCCGGGCAUGAUUGGCGGUGGUUUGCGAGAUGAGGCCAUGACUGUGCCGAGCAAGGAGAAGAAGCUUUCUCGACACGGAAUUCCUGUUCCAAACUUGCCCACCGGUGUAGUCAAAAAGCUAGCCACACGUUUUGCGCACUCAAAGGGGGGGUCAAAAGCAAGACUCAACAAAGCUGCAAUGGCUGCCAUCGAGCAGGCGUCUUCGUGGUUCUUUGAACAAGCGAGUACAGACCUAGCAGGGUACUCUAAACAUGCGGGACGAAAGACAAUCGACGAGAGCGAUGUCGCAAUGCUCAUGAGAAGGCAACGCCAGAUCAACAGCUCGACAACCAUGUUCUCCUUGGCGCAAAAGCAUUUACCCAAGGAGCUUCAGCAGGAUAUGAGGCUCGCUAUGCCCCCGUGA